AUGCUCUGCAUUAAGUAUAGUGGUAUCCAGCGUAUAUUUGAAAACCAACAUUUGUAUACAAGCUGUACGAAUAUCAUGACAUUCACUUUGGUAGUCGCCUUCUUAAUGUUAGUCUGUACGGAAUACUUAGGACUAUCUCUUUAUAUUAAUGAUAAUGCAUUUGGUAAUGGACUUUUCAUCUUAACUGGUAUACAUUUUAGCCAUGUUAUUGUUGGAGCUAUCCUUUUUGUUCCCUAUCUACCAUAUUAUCUAAUUGGUUUAAUUUUCUUACAAACGGCUUUUGGUUUGAUUGAAUUAUCGCACCCAGAUAACUCCAUACCAGUGAACCGGUUUGUAACUCCGCUUCAUAUCGUACCUGAAUGGUACUUUUUAGCAUAUUAUGCGGUGUUAAAAGUAAUCCCAUCCAAAACCGGUGGUUUGUUAGUAUUUAUGUCCUCUCUCAUUAACUUAGCUCUUUUAUCUGAAAUUCGAGCUUUGAAUACUCGAAUGUUGAUACGACAACAUUUUAUGACUCGAAAUGUAGUCAGUGGAUGGGUAAUUAUUUGGGUAUACAGUAUGAUCUUCUUGAUUAUUAUUGGUAGUGCUAUUCCACAAGCGACUUAUAUCUUAUAUGGUAGAUUAGCUACUAUCGUAUAUCUUACUACCGGAUUGGUUCUAUGCUUAUACUAA